CCCAGCCCCGCGCAGCCCUGAGCGCCCGCAUCUGUCGCGCCGCCGCGCCAGGCAUGCAGUAAAGGCUGAAAAUCUGGGUCACAGCUGAGGAAAAUCUCGAACAUGGAGUCCAGGAUGUGGCCUGCACUGCUGCUGUCCCACCUCCUCCCUCUCUGGCCACUGCUGUUGCUGCCCCUCCCACCACCUGCUCAAGGCUCCUCCUCCUCCCCUCAAACCCCACCAGCCCCAGCACGUCCCCCAUGUGCCCGGGGAGGCCCCUCGGCCCCACGCCAUGUGUGUGUGUGGGAGCGGGCACCCCCACCAAGCCGAUCCCCUCGGGUCCCAAGAUCCAGGCGGCAAGUCCUGCCAGGCACUGCACCCCCUGCUACCCCAUCAGGCUUUGAAGAGGGGCCACCCUCAUCCCAGUACCCCUGGGCUAUUGUAUGGGGCCCUACAGUAUCUCGAGAUGAUGGUGGGGACCCCAACUCUGCCAAUCCUGGAUUUCUGCCCCUGGACUAUGGUUUUGCAGCCCCUCAUGGGCUGGCUACCCCACACCCCAACUCAGACUCCAUGCGGGGUGAUGGAGAUGGGAUCAUCCUUAGAGAAGCACCUGCUACCCUGAGGCCAUUCUUGUUUGGGGGCCGUGGGGAAGGUGUGGACCCCCAGCUCUAUGUCACAAUUACCAUCUCCAUCAUCAUUGUUCUCGUGGCCACUGGCAUCAUCUUCAAGUUCUGCUGGGACCGCAGCCAGAAGCGGCGCAGGCCCUCAGGACAGCAAGGUGCCCUGAGGCAGGAGGAGAGCCAGCAGCCACUGACAGACCUGUCCCCAGCUGGGGUCACUGUGCUGGGGGCCUUCGGGGACUCGCCCACCCCUACCCCUGACCAUGAGGAGCCCCGAGGGGGACCCCGGCCUGGGAUGCCCCAGCCCAAAGGGGCUCCAGCCUUCCAGUUGAACCGGAUUCCCCUGGUGAAUCUGUGAUGCCCACCAAUGUUGGGGUGCCACCAAGCAGGAGGCCAAGGGGCCGGCAUAGACACCAUCCCACUGAGGGUAGGGCAGCUGUGGGAGCUGGGGCUGCAGGUGCUCCUGGCUCCUGCCCUGACACACCACCCUGGAACACUCACUGGCCCUAUAGGCAAUCCUACCUGCUCACCCUCCUUUAAGUAGGGACCUCACAUAUUUGUGGUUUCUGGUCCCCCAUCCCCACCCUUGCACACUCACAUGAAAGCCUUGCACACUCACCUCCAC